GAAAGGGGAAUAAACAAAGAAAAAUCCUAGUGGUAGUGGCCAGUGGAAGUCCAACCGGUCCAGCUUGUACAUUUUCGUCAGUUUCCAACUUUCCUCUCAAAAAUUAACGUUAUUAGUUAUACUGCACAGUCCACUCUCCCUUCCCCAGGGUCCAGGCAACAACAAAAGGGUCGUGAAGAAAUGCAGAAUCCCUCUCUUCCUCAACUCCACCCUUUCCUCCUUUUUCCCUCAUUCAUUCUAAUAAGUUUGUUUGUUAUAGUGUUGGGUGAUGGAGGUUUCUGUUCUGCGCCUUCCAUAUUGGACCAAACUGAUGCUUCCUCUAAACCAUUAUACUGGAAAUUCACUAACCCAACUCUCUCUCCUUCUCAUCUCCAAGACUUACCCGGUUUCACUCGUAGUGUUUACAAAAGGGACCAUGCAUUAAUAACACCGGAGAGCCAUGUUUUCAGUCCUUUGCCUGAUUGGACAAAUACAUUGGGUGCUUAUCUAAUCACUCCAGCAAUGGGUUCGUACUUUGUGAUGUAUCUAGCAAAAAUGCAAGAAAACUCGAGGUCAGGGCUGCCUCCUCAUGAUGUGGAGAGGUUCAUAUUUGUGAUUCAGGGCACUAUCACUCUCACCAAUACAUCUGGCCUUAGCAACAAAUUGAUGGUGGAUUCAUAUGCUUAUCUACCUCCUAAUUUUGAACAUUCUCUGAAGUGUGAUGAAUCCGCUACUCUUGCAGUAUUUGAACGAAGAUAUGCCUUUUUGGACAAUCAUAUUACUGGGCAUAUUGUUAGUUCGACAGAGAAGCGGCCACUUCUUGAAACUCCCGGUGAGGUGUUUGAACUUAGGAAGCUUCUUCCAGCAUCAAUUCCUUAUGACUUUAAUAUCCAUAUUAUGGAUUUUCAGCCGGGAGAAUUCCUUAAUGUGAAGGAGGUCCAUUAUAACCAACAUGGUUUGUUGCUUUUAGAAGGACAAGGCAUUUAUCGGUUGGGUGAUAGCUGGUAUCCAGUCCAAGCAGGUGAUGCAAUUUGGAUGGCACCAUUUGUGCCGCAAUGGUACGCUGCACUUGGUAAAACUCGGUCACGUUAUUUGCUGUAUAAAGAUGUAAAUAGGAAUCCACUGUAGUCACAUACAGCAUGAUGUAUGCGCUGGUUUGAAUAACAAUUGAUCCACUUACAGUGAAUUAGAGUACGAAUUUCAUGGCCUGUAAACAUUAAAUUGAAUGGGUUGCAUUUAUCCUUAUGUAUUUAUGCACACAAAUUAGAUAACCAAACUUCUGGACCAUAUUUGCUUGUGAGAUAGCCAGUUUUGUCUAACCUUGUCUGCCAAAAUUGAAUUCACUUGUGAGACUGCUACAGUUUGUGAAUUUACAAUAAACAAUUAGUGAAAACUAUGCUUCUGUU